AUGUCCGAAGAGACGAGAUGGUGUUACGUCUGCCGACGAGACAAGCCUAUCCUUGAGUUCCAGGCGCAUGGAGUCAUAGGGAAGGAGUUCUACAAAUUGUGUGAGCCGUGUCGCACAAAAUCUCGAAAUGCUCACAGAGAGAGGAGACAUCGAAAAUGGCAAACAUCACGAAACUCCGAUACCGAAGACCAGAGGCACCGAGGCCAGCCAUAUUAUCUCCAUGAGCCCGUAAACCAAACCAACAUCAACAUCAGCAACGGGGGCUCAAGAAUCAUCCCUACUACUAAUGGCGGCACAGCUAACGCUAUGCCUGAGCCAUCGACCUGCUUACAAGCAGACCCCAACAACCAUACCUGGUUCACAAUUGCGCCUCCUGUCGUGGAAAACUCCGUUCAAGGCACAACAACGAAAACCGUCAUCACCAUUUCGACCACCACCACCAAAAGUACCACCGACCCACUGAGGAACUCAGAGAAUCACACGAAGACCGAGGAGGGUGAGACAGAACAAACCGAAGGCGAAGAUCUCGAAUUAUCUCCAAGCGAAUUCUCUUCCGAGCAGCCAAGUGAUACGGAACCGGAUAUCAAGCAGCGCCCGGAAUUGUUUGGCUGUCUGCAUUGCGAAAAGCUUCGACCAUGGCCGAUGGCAGCGCUGCACAUCUGUAUGAUGUGUAUUCGAGACUGGAAGUGGUGUGCGAAGGGCUCACACAAUCGGGCCAAGGCAAAUUUCCUGUGGAAUGGGGAGGAGCAUGAUGAGUGUUAUAUGUGUUAUUUCACUGGGGAGUGA